AUGACAGGCCGCUCUCCUUCCUCGUCGGGGCUUCUGCCCAUGCCAGGGACCCCCGGUUCGUCAUGGGCUGUGUAUCGGGCCCGGAUUCAGCUUCUUCUGUCGAACCUUGACGUCGCCGUCGUCGUUGCGUUUUGGCUAUUUGGUCUCAUCAAUAAUGUCCUCUACGUCAUCAUCCUCUCCGCCGCCCAGGACCUCGUCGGAAAUGUCCCCAAGGGCGUCGUUCUACUCGCCGACGUCAUGCCGUCCUUCCUCACGAAAUUGAUCGCGCCAUACUUCAUCCACAAGGUGCCGUACUGGUUUCGGAUACUCGUGUUCAUCGCCCUGUCGACGGGGGGCAUGUUACUCGUGGCUCUUAUGCCAGGACACAAGCCAGUCGCGGUGAAAAUGAUCGGUGUGGUGCUGGCAUCUCUGAGCAGUGGCGGUGGAGAGCUGAGCUUCCUCGGACUGACCCAUUACUACGGCCACGUGAGCCUCGCGGGCUGGGGCAGCGGAACGGGCGCGGCGGGGCUCAUUGGCGCGGGAUUCUACGUGUUAAUGACGGAUUGGAUUGGUUUUUCGGUUCGGACUACGUUGCUAUUCUCCGCUGCACUGCCGAGCAUCAUGUUUAUCAGUUUCUUCCUCAUUCUACCCCAUGGGCCUCUCCACGCCGGACGCCAAAAGGGGUAUGACGUCUUGCCCGAGCUCGACCUCGAGGAGGAAGAGGUGGAACAACUGUCGCAGUCCGCCGCGUCGUCGGCGCUCUUAGCCCCCGGUCCCUCGGUGGCCGCCACGGCGUACUCGGCGCUUACCCAUCCCAAACACCACCCAUCGGGAAUCAAGGCCCACCUCCAGCGAACCAAAGCCCUGAUAGUCCCCUACAUGGCGCCUCUGCUCCUCGUCUACGUCGCCGAAUACACGAUCAACCAAGGCGUGGCGCCGACCCUCCUCUUCCCCCUCAAAGAAACGCCCUUCAGCGAGCUCCGCGAGUUCUACCCCUUCUACGGCUUCCUCUACCAACUAGGCGUCUUCAUCUCCCGCUCCUCCACGCCCUUCAUCCGCAUCCGCCACCUCUACCUCCCGUCUUUCUUCCAGCUCGGAAACCUCAUCGUCCUCGCGCUGCACGCCAUGUUCUUCUUCAUCCCAUCCGUUUAUAUUGUCUUUAUCAUCAUCUUUUGGGAGGGCUUGCUAGGCGGCGGUGUCUAUGUGAAUUGCUUUGCGAAUAUCCUCGAGGAGGUGCCCGCCCACGAUAGGGAGUUUAGCUUGGGUGCUACGAGUGUUAGUGAUAGUGGAGGGAUUUGUGUUGCAGGGUUGAUUAGUAUCUUCCUUGAGACGUGGCUUUGCGAUUGGCAGGUUUCGCGGGGGAGGGAGUGGUGUCGGAAUAUCCAGGCCUCGAGAGGCUGA